UUUAGCCCCUUCACCAUGCAGGGUAGCACAAGAAGGAUGGGCGUCAUGACUGAUGUCCACCGGCGGUUCCUGCAGUUGCUGAUGACGCAUGGAGUGCUGGAGGAGUGGGAUGUCAAGCGCUUGCAGAAGCACUGCUACAAAGUCCAUGACCGCAACGCUCCUGUGGAGAAGUUGGAGGACUUCAUCAACAACAUUAAUAGUGUCUUGGAGUCCUUGUAUAUUGAGAUAAAGAAAGGAGUCACCGAAGAUGACGGGAGACCCAUUUAUGCCCUGGUGAAUCUUGCAACGACUCCAAUCUCCAAAAUGGCCUCAGAUUUUGCAGAGAAUGAACUGGACCUGUUUAGAAAGGCUUUGGAACUGAUUAUUGACUCAGAAACUGGCUUUGCCUCUUCCACAAAUAUUUUGAACAUGGUUGAUCAACUUAAAGGCAAGAAGAUGCGGAAGAAGGAAGCCGAGCAAGUGCUGCAGAAGUUUGUACAAAACAAAUGGCUGAUUGAGAAGGAAGGAGAGUUCACCCUGCACACCCGGGCCAUCCUGGAGAUGGAGCAGCACAUCCGGGAGACGUACCCCGACGCUGUGAAGAUCUGCAAUAUCUGCCACAGUCUCCUCAUCCAGGGUCAAAGCUGUGAGACCUGUGGGAUCAGGAUGCACUUACCUUGUGUGGCCAAGUAUUUCCAGUCGAAUUCGGAGCCUCGCUGCCCUCACUGUAACGACUACUGGCCCCACGAGAUACCAGAAGUCUUCGACCCUGAGAAGGAGAGGGAGGCUGGACUCUCCAAAUCGAACAGAAAGUCCUUGCGAUCCAGGCAGCACUAGAUGGUGUGCUGAGGCCCAGGCUGGAAGAUGUCAGUGUCUCUCGUUUCACAUGGUCACCCCUUUGUGCUUUAUUUUCACUUAUUAGCAGGUUUGAAAUAAAACUCACUGAGGAGUCGCUGCA